CUCCUGGUGGCUGUCACGUGACCGCCUCUGAAUGGUGAAGUGUUAUUAUCUGGGUGUGAGGAGCAUCUGAUGUUAUCGUCAUCGACGACUUCCUCUUGUCGUUCAGACCAUGCCGUUGUUUGGCAAAAAACACGAAUCGGAUAAGAAACACACAAAGGACGGCGAUAUACGAAAAAAGUAUGAGUUCAAGGAUACACUGGGAACGGGUGCUUUCUCUGAAGUAGUUCUUGCGGAAGACAAACAGGAGCGCGGAAAGUACUGCGCCAUCAAAUGCAUCGACCGACACGGGCUUCGAGGAAAAGAGGAGGCGCUGGACAAUGAAAUAUCAGUAUUACGAAGAUUAACACACCCAAACAUUGUGGAGCUGAGAGAUGUUUUUGAGGACAAAACGCACGUUUACCUUGUCAUGGAAUUGGUUACGGGUGGAGAACUGUUCGAUCGCAUCGUAGAGAAGGGUAGCUACACAGAGAAAGACGCUAGCAUGCUCAUCCGACAAAUUCUAGAGGCAGUCGACUACAUGCACGAGAGAGGUGUUGUACAUCGAGAUCUCAAACCCGAAAACUUGUUGUUCUAUAGCCCAGCAGAUGAUUCAAAAAUAAUGAUCAGUGACUUUGGCUUGUCAAAAAUUGAAGGAUCGGGAACAAUGGCUACGGCUUGCGGAACACCUGGCUAUGUUGCUCCCGAAGUUCUUGCUCAGCAGCCUUAUGGGAAAGAAGUGGAUUGUUGGUCUAUAGGUGUUAUAGCCUAUAUAUUACUUUGCGGCUAUCCUCCUUUUUACGAUGAGAACGACGCGGAGCUUUUCAAACAGAUUCUGCGAGCCGAGUAUGAGUUCGAUUCCCCAUACUGGGACGAGAUUUCAGAGUCUGCAAAAGAUUUCAUUCGCCAUCUCAUGUGCAAAAAUCCCGCAGAGAGGUACACUUGUAAGCAAGCCAUCGCCCACCCUUGGAUCUCUGGCAAUACAGCCCUGGAUAAGAAUAUACACCCAUCAGUCAAGGCACAGAUGUUGAAGACCUUUGCCAAAACUAAGUGGAAGCAAGCAUACAAUGCCACUGCAGUGAUCAGGCAGAUGAAGAAGCUAGCCAUGAACAAAGAAGAGAAUCAGCAGCAGCAGCAGCAAGCCAAAUAGCGAUCACUUCAAGGCUUCUGGAAACAGAUGAAAGUGUGGGACUGGGACAGAUCCUGCCACUGUCUUCAAACUGCUACUAACAGGAAUGUCUGCAGUCACGCAACCGGACAUGAAACGCGACCAUGUCAUAGGUUGCUGUGUCCAUGUCAGGGUGGGGGGUUUCAAGCUUGAUCUGCCAUUUUGUUGGUGUUUUAACCCCAUUGUUCGGAGCCCCACUCGACUCAGCAACCUACAUACUCACCAGCUCACUCUGCAAGGUGCACACUGCAUCUUUGGCAAUAAGAAUGGCUAGGAGCUCCUUCCUUUGCACCAAGCUCCUUGUGUGCAUGUUUCACCCCAACCUUUCAACCAUCUGACAUUUCAACAAGCUGUCAUAGAUAAGAUUGGAACAAAAUCAAAAAAAGGGAAAAGCAGGAUUCUUCUGCUCCUGCUGUGUGGUGCAUAAAUGAACUGGCAAAGAAAAAAGUGAAGAGACAGUGAUUCAUGUACAAAGAAUCAUAAGUAGCUCUGAAUUUUGUUUUUGGUUUGGUUUUUUUUUGUUGGUUUGGGGUUUGUUUUUGCUGUCUUGAUUUUUAUCUCUUUCUUUCACCAUUGUCUCAAAUCUUGCAGAGAUCUGCAUCUUGAUCUUUUUUAUCAUCAUUAUCAUUAAUCAUCAGUUAUCAUCAUCGUGGAUUCUCUUUUUGAAAUCUUGUCCUGAUUAUCUGGUCUUAUGGGUUAAUGUUUCCUGUGUUGUAUCUGGAUCUUAUGUGAUUCUCCAGCAUAGUUCUUGUAUCUUGCCCUAAUGUGAUCUUCCUAAGUCCUAUUCUUUGAUCUGAUUCAUUGUUUGAGUUUGUGUACAUGACGUCCAGGUUAAUUCAACAAUUACACUAGGCCGCCAUAUCUGUUUUGUGAUCUCAUUUUUAAUCGAUGUUCUGUUUUCAGUAUGGAUACGAUGUGAUCUGCAGGAGUUAAAAAAAAAAAAAGAACAACCUGAUAACACAUUAUUUGUUGAACAAAAGGACAGUUUUUGUGUCAUGGUUUAGAAAAGCUCUUCUACUUUGAUGUUAUAUAUUUGCUUUUUUGAUCCUUUGCCAGAUUUCCAUUGCAUUGUUCCUCUGUAAAAUAGGUUCAGGAAAAAAAAAUUACAGAUUGAUUUUGUAAAGAAGAUGGCAUUUAUCUGUGUUUCUGUAAAUGUGUCAUUCUCUUACUCUUAGUUUUUGAAUCCAUCUUCCUUCUGCCUCCUUUUUAUCUCUUUCAUAUCUAGUAUUUUGUUGACUUUGUGGUGUUUUCUUUACUUGUAUAUUAGGAUUGUAUUAUUAAGGAGACAUUCAGAAGAUAAACUGAUGUUAAAAACUGCAGAUUUUUUUUCACAAUUUUUCUACCAUUUAUGCUUGUGAUUUCACAUAUUUUGUAUGGUUUUUCUAAGUGGAUACAUGAAUUUGAGACUGAUACUGUGUCCUGUAUACUUGCCACUACAGGAAACAGCUGCUCAUAAAAUCUUUGAAAUCUAGUAUUGAUUUUUUUAAUAAUCCCAUACUUGGAUGACAAAAUGUCUGCUAUGUAUAUGAACCAUUCAGAUAUUUUAGUAUUUGCUCAGUGCUGCAUUGUAUGUUAUUGCUGUCUGGCUAUUGCACAACUGGCACUGCCCAUAUCAUGCUCUUCCUGUCUGUUAAGAGUAUGCAGAAAAAUAAAGGCCAACUCAAGUACAGAGGUUUUUUGGCUGGAAUUAGUUCAUCACAAGGUACUAAUACACAAAAUCUAAGCAUAUAACUCUGUUUACAAAUACAAAAUCUUGCAGUUCUCUUGUACAUUUUGGGGAAAAAAGCACAAUUUAAAUCACAAAAUUAAGCAGAACGUAUAGCAGUUGUAAAAAAAAUUACACUUCUGUCUUCUCCUUACCUAUCCAUAAUGUUGAGCAUAUUUUCAUGUUUCCUCAGACUCUCAUGUUUCCUUGGGUAUAGAGCAUUAGCAACCAAUCAAUCUUUACUUGAGACUGCAGUCUGAAAUUUGUUAGCAGUCAGCAAUCUAGACUUUUGUUUUCAUAAAGAUAAUUGUAGAAAACUCUACAAGAUAGUUUAUUUAUAUGUGUACUAUGUUUCUGCAGUCUUAUGAUUGAACAGCUUAGCAGUUUAUUGCUGGCCAAAUGCUUUUUGUGACUAAAAAUAAUACAAAUUUAGUGUGAACUAAUGGCAUUUAUUGUCAGCUUAUCAUUUCCUUGUAAAUAAACAUGUUUAAAAACAUGUUUCACAGUUGAAGCACUAUGAAAAGUAUCAGUGAAUUAAUUAUACUUGCCUUGGAAGUUGGAGAGAAGGGUAUCAUUAGAACUGGUAAGGUUUUAUGUGGGUGAGGGGAAUAAGCUGUCUUUCUUUUCAUGGUCAAUGAAAAAUCCCAAUAAAUCUUGUCUGUGUAUUGCAAUGUUGCUUAUUGUGUUAAAAUAUUGUGCACAAAUGUUUUGGCGUACCAUGUUCUGCUAUUUUAUAAGAUGUGAAGCCAAAAGAAGACAGGAGCGAGUUUGUCUACAGUCAAAAUGUACAUUUACAGUUUGUGCAUGCAUGAAUGACAUAUACAGAGUUGUAAACAUCUCUCACACACACACGCACGAUUGAUUGUCUGAUUUGAUCAAGUGGAAUAUUAUAGUAACACCGCUGCUCAAGUUUAUCAGUAAGCUGCAGGGGACUGCACUAUCUGAAGAAACAGCGUGACUAAAACAGCCUGAAUUUUUUUUUUAAAAAAAGCCCUUUUAUAAAGAUUUAUAAAUAUUUAUUUCAUAGCCAUCAUUGAUGGUGAGAAUGAUAUUUUUUAUUGGUAUACCAUCAGUAUUUUAAAGUUACUUAGAGCAUUCGCUCACUCUAAAUGGAUCUAUUCUAAUUGUAAUCAGCAUUAAUGUUGAUAAGAAACAAGUUGGGUUUGGUCAUCAUGUUUUUUGUGUAGUUUGUUUUUACCACUAAUAAGUAGAACUCUUGAAAGGAAUGUAAUCAGAUUUUUAAUCUGAAAUUUAAUAGCCAUGUUUAAGACAUUUUUAUGUUGAUACUCUAUUAUGAAAGUGCUGACAAUCAAAGCAGGGAUAUAAAUUUCUGUUGCUUUUAGAAAAUAUUUUGACUUUAUUUCUAUCAGGGUGUGUCAGUAUUUAGCUUUGUGAAAUAGAUUAUAAGCCAGAGACAAGUUUGAGAAAUGAUUGGAUAUAUUAUCUGAUAGAAUGGCAUUAAAAAUAUACUUCUGGAAUGAGGUGAUAGUUUAUUAAAAGCAACCUCUGGGUAAGCAGGAUGCAGUAGACAGUUUCUGAGCAAAACAGAUUCUUCUCAAAAGUUAGUGACCUCUAUGUCGAAGGAAUAAAAUUUUAAACUAAUUUUCCAAACAUGGUUGCCAGUUCUAAGUAGCUGUUUGUUGUAUUUAUUUUGCCUGCUCUUUAAUGAGUGUCAUUAGUUUUAUUACUAAGGGAUAAGAGUUAAGCAAAGACUCAGCCUAGAAGCAAAAAAAGGUGCAGUAGGUAAAAUUUGAGUAAUUGUUACUGCAAUAAUAGUAUUAUGAUACCAAAUUUGUUUGGAAAGGAUAUGCAGUUUUAUUAUACAGUCUUGAUGAAAGUGAUUUGGAAAGGAUUUCCUAAGAAGAAAACAAUAUUUCUUACUGAAUAUUCAUCCAUUUUAUUGUAAAUUGAUAAUAUAAGAAAAGUUGUAAAAGUCUUUUCACAUUUUUAAUUGUGAUUGUGAAAUAAGACUGUAAAAUGGCUGAGUUUGGCUGGACAAUUUUUUUUUUUUUUUUGUUACAGUAGUAAAAUUUAAACUUUAAAAGUAUAUUUUUUGUGGAGAAAAAUGCAGGCUCAUUUGCAUCACUUUUAAUAAAAUUUAUUUAAGAAAUUAAAAAAACUACAGAUUUUUGGUUCACUGCUUGUGGUGACUUCCUUCUACUGCUAUGAAUAAUUUUAAGUCCUUUUUACGCUUUCUAUGAAGCGUUCAUUUACAUACCUUUUCCUGUAAAUGAGAAAAUUGCCAAAGUUUUUCUACUCCCAGGCUCAAUGUGUCAAUAAUAAAUGGCAAAGAGAAAUACUUUAGUUUCUUUUUCACAUUUAUUUUAUUUCUCAGAUUUUUUUUUUGCCAAUUGAAUUUCAUUGUUGAAGUUAAAUACACAAAUCUUAGAAUUGUGUUUUAAAUGAAUUGUCUUCAGCGUUUUGUCCUGAUGUGCUAUCUUGGACAAGCCAAAAACAACCUCCACUUUAUGGCUUUACCCUUCUUUUUUAGCUAAGUGAAUUUUUGCAGAUUUAUUUCAAGUGUCUAAUAUUUACCACAUAUAAUCACUUGACCAGUAAUUCUAAUGCUACCUUUCUUUUCUACACCUGGUUGAGCCAAGUAUUUAUAGUGCAGACUUAGCUAAUUCAUCUAAUGAUGUUUGCAUGCCUCUUCAAGUUGUAUUAGUAGACCUUUCCAGGUGUGGAUAAUUAUAGCUACUUGUUUUGUUUGUUAGUGGUUGCUCAUUAUGUUCAUUCAUUUGCAUCAUGCACACAGUAGUGCAAAUUUAUGAUUGUCUUUUAUUCAAGAUAUAAUUGGGGUUUUUUCAAGUGUACAGUCUUCAGUCCUGCAAGAUUUAAUACCAUUGCUGUUAAAGCUACAUUUUGCUCCCAAACCUUUUUUGUCAUAGGUUCAUCAAAUACCAGCAAGGGUAAUUAUUCAUAUAUAUCAGGGUACAUAUAUUGUUGCAUUUGUUACUACAUUAUAGUGUAAAUAAGCAACACCUUCGUCAUCUAAAUAAUUAAUUAAUGGUUAAUCUAAAUAUCUUCUUUUUUCUGCCUCUCCUGGAUCUUUUGUCAGAAGAUAGUGAAACCUGACAUGAGCAAACCAAUAUUUUCUGAAAAUUAAAGGAAAGAUAAAGGUACCUGUGAAAAUGAUAAUGUCAACUUUUACUAUAUGAAUGUAUGUGUCCAUGUAUUUUUGUGUUUUUCAGUAAUUCUUGUUAAGAUUGCAGUUUUUACCUGUUACAAAUUUUCUUUAUAAUAAUAAUAGUAUUACGUUUGUAGAUUGCAUUUCCCCAUGAUAAGGCGAGCUUAAUGUGCUCUGGAGACUACAAAUGAACAGACAUUCAACCAUACAGGAACACAAGCAUCAGCAAUUUCAUGACUCUGUGUACAUAUGAACAAAGUGCAAGAUGAAGAUCAAGAAUUUUAUUUGAAAAGACUAACUUGUUAAAGAAGUAACACUGGUUGAGUGAGGGACAGAGUGGUAUGGUCAUUCUAAACCAAUGGAAAAGUAAAUCUUGUAUACAUGUAUUUGUUUCAGAAGUGAGAUUUUCUUCCUUCUAUAGAAAACGUUUUGUAUGAGUAAACUUUGUUGCUUUAUAGAUUUUAGCAUUUUCAUGGACAUGGUUCCACAACCAACCUGCAUUCCUCCAUCCAAUUAUUGUUUAUUACUGACAUCUGAAAUAAUUGGAUGAAAGUGUAAUAAUCCAAAAAGACAACUAAAUUAGUCAUUUUUCUUUAGUGUUUGGUUUAUUAUUCUAACAAUAAGAAAUGUAGGUCCUAGAAAUAGGAAAUUUGACACAGUGGUCGUUUGUCAGUUGACAACAAUAAGAGGUGGGUAUUGCACGAAACAAAAUUAUUCAACAAGUACAGAGAGCAAAGCAUUACCACUUCUGGUACACAAACAUUCCAAAAGGCGGUAUUGUUGAUGGUUGCUGAUAAAAUGUGAUAUCAACCAGUAUUUCUCAAGUUUUGUUUGCUAGGAAUGAGAGUUCAUCAUGUAGACAGGGCAGUUUCUUGAUUACUGUCUUAAUCACUGCACUACACUCCACCUUUCUUUUCAAACAGUACACAACUCAGAAUGAUCUACUAUUGGGAACAAACAGGAUUACAUAAGUUUAUAAAUAUUAAAAAUGUUGACAUUGUUAUUCUAAUUAUUUAUAUAAAAUAGACUGUCAGAGUACAGAGAAUCUCAAAAAUAUUUACCAAUUUAAAAUGCAUUUAAAAAAGUGAAAUUCUGAUAUCUUGUAACAAGUUUCCUUUCAAAUCCAACUAUUCUUAAAAUAUUGAGCAAGUGUUUAAGCGUCCAUGUUGACCCUUUAUCUCUCAACCCGUCUCCCUUGGUCUUCAAACAUCUCUUUUUCCAACUUUCCCAUACCUCAUUCAUCAUUAUCUUAAAACAUUCAGCCCUUGUAUUGUGCUCCUGUCAUCUUUGAUAAGAGCAUGGAGCAAGCUUGAUAUUGUGGCAUAAAACAUAUUGGAUACUUCAUAUAAAAAAAAAAUACCAGUAUCAGGAUCUCUCUUUUACUGGAGUGCAAACGUGUUCUUAUCUCUAGUCUGUAUGGAUGCAUUUAGCAACUGCAUGAAGAUUUUCAUUUUUGGGCCUCCUCCCAUGCAAAAAAAAAAACAAAAAAAAAAAACAGUUAUCACUUUCUGCUGGAUCAUCAGUGUGUAUUCUAUGGUAAAGUUCAGAUCUUGCUUUUUUUCAUCUAGGCAGUAUCUUUUUUUCAGAAUCUCAUUUUUAUGUUCUGUGGUUGGCCCAUGCGAACUUCAAAUAUUUUAUGUAAAUGCCAAUAUCUGAAAAUGAAUUGCAUCUGUGUGUAAUUGCUGCUGAAGUAGCACUGGAGAUGAGGAAUGCUUUAUCACCGACUCUAAAUUUUAAAAAAAUUUAAUGUUCCAUAGAUUUUAUCAACAGGAUAUUUGAGAGAUCAGUUCUUAUUAUCUAUAUGUAUGAAUUUAUAGGUUUCAAAGAUUAUUCUUUUGCUUUUAUGCACUCUUAGUUUGUGCUUCUUGGUGAGUGCAGAUGCAAACUAGAGGAUAUUGGACAGCAGAUCUGAAAGUCGGUGGUGAUGGUUGUGUUUAAAUCUUGAAAUUACAGAAGUGAAAAAUUGUCAGAUAUUAUGCAUGCUAAAGGUCAGGCUAAUGUAACAUUGUCCGCAGACUGUCGCUAUGCUUAAAUUUUUUUUUUUUUUUGGGGAAGUAUUCAACACUGACAAAAAUUGACAUUUCCUGCAUAGCCUCCCCAAAAAGCUAAACGAAAUAAAAUUAUCACGGACAUGCCAAAAUACAAUUUUGUAUUCAAUUGGUCAACAUAUCUUAGUAUAUUUAUACAAAAUUAUAUUUUUCUGUAUAAUGAGAAUUCUUUUCUGGUGUAGUAAGUAGAAAGAUUCAUGUCACCCAAAACAUACUGAACUGAGCUUUUUUUCCCUUUUUUAAGUCAGUUCCGCCUAGAUUUGUCAGUUAAACCUGUCAAACUUUUUUUUGCUUUCACAAUUUGAAAAAAGCAUUUGAAGCUCAUCUUAUGUUGUUUUGUGUGGUUUAAUUCACGCUUCUACUCAAAUUCAGGAUUUCCAGAACCGCUGCUUGAGAUGUUUAUUGUUUUGUUACCUUUAUCGACAUUGUUACUUUUGCUAUUCCAGAUAAAGAUGCAGUGUACCAUCAGUCUGCACAGUUGAUUUUCUUCCCAAACAGCAUGCAAUGCUCAGCUGUAUAAAGAAAUGAAGAAAGACUUGUAUUUUUUUUUUUUUGAGAAAGUAAAACUCUAAUAGAAGCAAGGCUGCCAAAACUGCAUGUGGGUGUACCAGCGUUAGCUGACAGCACAUUAACUUGACUGAUGGAUCAGCUAAUGUUUCAGCACGUUAAAAUCUCAGCUCAGAAUGCAGAACUUGGCCGUGGACUUUGCAGUUUGGCUGUUUUUCCACUAUCUGAUGUAACUUUUCGGCGAUAUCAAACUCCUUGUUAGUUACCACUUGAUUCAAUCACUCCGCAUUCUUUCUCUCAUUUAUAAGUACUUAUUGAAACCUCAAAGUUUUAGGAAAAAAGUCACAUCCUUUCAAGCUUAGGUUUGAUUCCUCGGUGAUGUUUUGCACUCGUUACACCGAUAUUUGUAUCAGUUGCUGCACUUUUAUCACUUGACAGUGUUGUCAUAGUUACCUAUUGACGUCAAGCACUUUAGUGUGUAACCACCUCCUGGAUCCUGUUGUCAAACAUUCUUUGUUUGGCGGCACAUAUUUUCACAAAUAAACAGAAAACAAUAUGUUGAAAAUCUG